AUGUUUAUCAGUAGAUGGGUGAUUAUGUUCGCUGUUGGUAUUGGUACCGCUCUGUUAGCUGCUGGAGUUCAGAUCUCCGUGGAAAUUAUUGCUCACGAAAAAUUCCAUCUUAUACAGAAAUUUUUAGAUAAAUGUUCUGUAGAAGGGUGUACAUUAUUUACUCCUGUUAUUAUAUGGAUUGCUAUCAAUUUUUUUAUAUCUUCACUUGGUGCUGCUCUUGUUACAUAUGUUCAGCCUGUUGCUGCUGGCAGUGGAAUUCCAUUUAUCAAGUCAUAUUUAAAUGGUGUUCGAAUACCUGGUCUUCUUACACUACAAGCUUUCGUGGCUAAAACACUGGGUGUUAUAUUGUCUAUAUUAGGUGGUCUAGCUUGCGGUAAGGAAGGUCCAAUGGCUCAUUCAGGUGGGAUAAUGGCAGCAGGUCUAGCUAAGGGUAGAAUGAGAUUACGCAAGAACAAAGAAAUCAAGUUUUAUGAUGCCUUCCGAUCUGAUCAUGAAAUUCGUGAUUUUGUGGCAGCAGGAGCUGCGUCUGGUGUGUCAGCUGCUUUUGGUGCUCCAGUUGGUGGAACUUUAUUUAGUGUAGAAGAGGCAGCAAGUUUUUGGAACACAGAACUAGUCUGGAAAGUUUUUUUCUCGGCUAUGGUUGCUUGUUUUUCAACCAAUUUUUUACUAAGUGCCUUUGAAGGUCAUCCCACCCAUUUAUCAUCACCUGGUCUAGUUCGUUUCAAUACAUUCCAGAAUCUUUCCUUUGAUCUGAUUGAAAUUUUAGUUUUUUUGGUGAUGGCUGUCAUAGGUGGCCUCGCUGGUGCUUUGUUUGUUGUUUUAAAUUACAAAUUAACAGUUUUUAGAAAAAACUAUAUAAGAAAGAAGUGGUUAAAAGUACUGGAAUCUGGUAUAGUUUCAGUAGCUAGUGCUAUUAUAGCCUUUCUUCUAAUGUAUGGUGUUAACGAAUGUACAGAUGUUAAACCUUAUAGUGAUCACGCUAUUACCUCACAAAUGUUUUGCAAAGACAAAAGUCAUAAUUCCAUGUCCACAUUAUUUUUAACAACUCCUGAAGGGUGCCUUAAAGCUUUAUUACAUGAUCCACAUGAUGCGUAUGGUGUAGUAUCAUUAACUGUAUUUAUAAUAGUAUUCUUUCUAUUGGGUGUAUGGACGUAUGGUUUGAGUGUGUCAAGUGGAGUGUUUAUACCAUCAUUAGCUAUUGGUGCUGCUUGGGGUAGAUUAAUUGGUAUAGGAGUUGUUGAAUUAUUUCCACAUCAUGAUGUAGGUAAAUACGCAUUAAUAGGUGCAGCUAGUAUGUUAGGCGGUAUACUACGGACCACUAUUAGUUUAACUGUUAUAAUAGUAGAAUGUACUGGUGAUAUCUCAUUUGGUCUUCCUAUCAUGUUGACAUUGAUGAUAUCCAAAUGGGUUGGAGACUUCUUUACUACUGGUUUAUAUGAUAUGAAUAUUGAAGUCAGUGGUAUACCAUUGUUAUCAUCAGAACCACCCAUUCUUUGUGAACAUGUCAAAGCCAGUGAAGUUAUGAGUCAACCUGUAUUAGCUUUACAAACACAAGAAAAAGUAGGAACAAUAAUAGAAAUUUUAGAUUCAGAAACAUAUGGUGGUUAUCCUGUGGUGGAUGUUAGGAAAAAGGACCAACAUUAUGUAGUUGGUAAAUUGAGAGGAAUUAUUUUAAAAAAUCAACUUUUAGUUUUAUUAGAGAAAAAGAUUUUUGCACCUGAAGGUUUACUACCACCUACAUCCAAUAUACAGAUGAAAGAUUUUGAUAAUCCUUAUCCUAUUGGUCAAAGAUUACAAUUGAAGGAUAUCACUGUUACUGAAGAAGAAAAAGAAUAUAUAUUAGAUUUGAAACCUUAUAUGAAUAUCAGUCCUUAUACAGUGGGGCCUUCUUUCUCUAUGCCACGUGUAUUCCGAUUAUUUCGUGGUUUAGGAUUACGCCAUUUGAUCAUAAUAAAUGAUAAAUUUGAGGUAAUUGGUAUGGUUACGAGAAAAGAUUUAGCUAAAUUUAGAUCUGAAUCAAAACGUGGAAUGUUGAAAGUUGAACAUUUAACAAUACAAGAUGUGUAG